CCUCCCCCGUCCUCAUUUCCUCAUCUAUGAGGCUGAGAGUGCACACGGUUCGGACUGGGGGAAGCUUACUCUGUGCUCCUGGGAUCAUUGGGGCUCCACAAUUUUAUGGAUCUGGGGGUACUCUGGAUUAAAUGACAAGCAGCUUGAUCUGGAUUAAAGUCCUGCAGUGCAUGGAGGUUAGGAAGAAAUGGAUCCACAGCCUGCAGAUGGGACUUCCCAGUGCAUCCAUGUGCAGUUACAGGGCGGCGCACCGUGGGGAUUCACCCUAAAAGGAGGGCUGGAACAUGGGGAGCCUCUCAUCAUUUCCAAGUUCCCAUCAAAGCGUAACAUGAGAAAAGGUCUAGCAGAGGAAUGGAGCACAAGGUCCCUGCAGCGCAGCACUUCAGACACAGCAGGCAGCAUCCAAUUCUGCAUAUUUAUCUGAGGCGGAUCUGGGAGAGCAAAUGAUUGAAAAUGGUGGGAAAGCAUCGAUGUGUGAGAAGAUGGAAGUUGGGGAUGAGCUGGUGAAUAUAAAUGGCACUCCAUUGUAUGGCUCCCGACAGGAAGCUUUGAUCCUGAUCAAGGGCUCUUACAAGAUCCUCAGAAUGAUUGUCAGGAGGAGGAACGCUUCAGCAAUCAGACCCCACUCAUGGCACCUUGCAAAGCUAUCCGAAGUCCACCCGGAUGUGGCCAGCAUGCAGUACCCCACAGAUGCCUUCAGCUUGUCUUGGCACUCAGGCUGUGAAAACAGUGAGCUCCCUAUGCAGUGGAAUCCUCUUUCCCGACACUGCAGCACAGAUAAAAGCAGUUCUAUUGGUAGCAUGGAAAGUCUAGACCAACCUGGACAGAAUUACUAUGAGGGGACGCCGUCACCUAUUGAUCCCAGCAUGUACCAAAACAAAAGGGACUCUGCUUACAGCUCCUUUUCAGCUAGCUCCAAUGCUUCAGAUUACACCUUAUCUGCAAGGGCAGAGGAAUCAUCUCAUAUAGAUUGUGUAGCAGAUGCUAAACCAUCUGAUGGCCGAUAUCUUCACACUGGGCAAGGUGCCAUAGAAAUUCAAGAAGAGGCUUCUUCCCCCAGCCCAGCUGAGCAUCAGCAGAGACCUUCUUCUUUCCCUUUUGAUUCAAACCAUCUGCGUUUUAUAAAGUCUCCACCCCAGCCACCUAUUCGGAGGGACAGUUUAAGGGCAUCUAAAAAUCAGAUGUGUCAUGGUGAGGGAAGGAGGGCUUCAGCUCCAGGGGAUUCUUUGCAGAUAUCAGGAAUGUGGUCCUCAGAGGACCAGCAGCACAAAAACUCUGACACAUCACAGUGCAAGUGUGGCAUUGAGUUGUGCACUGUACAUUUAAAAAAUGGUUUAUCAUUGGACCAAUAUUAUAUGCUUAGCUCUCAGAAUGAUGGGGGCAACCAAAGCACUGACCAGCUUGCACUGGGUGACAAGGCGAUGCCAAGCAUUUGCUCUGAAAUGCAGUCCAAGUGGCAAAGGGAUGGUAGAAAUGUUAAACAGACCAUCAAUAAGGAAACCGAGAAUGUAUCAUACCAAUCAGUGCAAGCUGCCAAAGACUCUCUUUUGAAGCAUCCCUCCUGUCUUCAUAUAAAGUCAGUCAGUCUUCCUUCAUCUGACAGAGAGGAACCAAGUGUUCAGACAAAGUUUCUGAAAAAAGAGUGGAGAAAAACUCAGUCAAAAGAAAACACUCUGUGCCAAACAAACAAGUGCAAUGGAAUAUCUAGCCAAGAGCACAAGUGCAAUAUUAACAGGGUUUCUGAAAUCUACCAAGUGGAAUCAAUAACAGAUACAGGUGAUUUUAGCCAUCUCUCAGGGAAAAAUAAAGAACAGUCACAGCACAAUACUGCAUUGGAGAGAUCAGUUAGUGAGCCUAAUGAAGUAAGAGAAACAUUUCCAGUCUUAUUGCCAAAACACUCUGUAGGAGGCAUGAGAUCAUCCUGUAGUUCAGAAAAAUUGCUAGAAGAGAGUCAUGAGCAGGAAGAGAGUCAGGGUCCAACAAAAAAACCUGGAUCAUCACGGCAUCGGUCUGCUCAGAUGCGAAGGAAGAGUGACCGAUUUGCAACCAACCUGAGAAAUGAAAUCCAAAGACGGAAAGCUCAGUUGCAGAAAAGCAAGGAGUCUUCAGUGCUUCUUUGUGGGGAUGAGCCUGUUGAGGAGAGAGAAGAACCAACAGAGUCUCAGUCUCCACCUCGAACUAUGCCUCCACCUCCACCACCUAAGAACAAGUUACGACUCUUGGAACUCAGGAGAGCAAAUGCAGAACAGUUUCAUAAAGGUACAGACCCCCAACAUCUGGAGCUGAACAAACAAAUCCUCCCCUUGAAGAGGGAGACUGAUAAAGAUAACCAAAAGAUUGAGACAGACGAGAAUUCCUUGAAUGCAGUGGAGAAUGUUACCAGAACAAAUGAUAGGUCAUUGAUCUCCAAAAGCAUAUUACAGAAUGAGUCUAAUAAACCAUUCAUAUAUGAUCCCAGGCAAAAUCAAAGAAUACCUGCAGUAUUAAAUAAUGAAAGUAUGGCGCCAUCAGCUGAAAACUGCAAGGAGGAAUGGAGAACAAGAGAACCUGAAUUUCAAAGGCAGAAUUCCAAGUGUUUGGAACAGAGAGAACCUGAAUUAGGAAGUGUUUCUGAGUGUCCUGACACCUGUAUAAAGAGGAAUGAAGUGUCUAGGGUUUCGCCAAACUCUGAUGUAAAGGUUUCCCAUGAAAUUUGGAGAACAGGCUCAUCUCUAAGCAUUAAUAGUGUGGGGUCACAAACUGAAAAUUUUAGAAGCGUUAGUGUUGAAAGCCACAGCCACUACAGUGGCCAUAAAUCUUUGGAUGCAGAUGCAAGUUGCAAUGGCCUUCUCUCUAGCAAAGAACAAUUCUAUUCAGAUGGCUCAUCUAACGAUGAGUGGCGGGUAAGUUGCCUGGAUAAUGAUGAGUCAAUGCAAAGGAGCAGGGAAAUUAUGUUUUCAGAGCCGGGAAGAUCAAGUGACCAUCCAUCUCUCUUUGCAACACAGUGGAGGUCUCGCCAUUCAUCUUCAGAUUUUGAAGAUACUGUUGUUCAGCAAAUGCCUAAUGGUGGCCGGUGGAAGUGGUCUCCAGAACACAAGCUUUUGCCUCACCCACAUCUGGCAAAAGGAAGCCCUCCAGAUGUCAGUGUUAUGCAUGUUGAGAGCUCCAAUCUUCCCAAUUGGGCAGCUACAGAGGAAAAUGUUCUGAUGCCCUUUGCUGAUCGAAGAAGAUUCUUUGAAAACAGCAGCAAAGUCCCCAAUGUUUCCCACAUUCCUUUACAAGUUAAAACAAACAAAAAUAAUUACUGUCCCAGUUUCUCAGACCCACCUCUCUCUCAGAAGGUUGUUUCAGCUGUAAGAAGACAUUCUGUUGACCAUACCUUCCAUCCUUCCUCUCCCAGCAGACCGGAUAGUGCCUUACCUUACUCUGAGUAUCGUCCCAAUCAUGCCAUGGAUCCUUUGCUGUGCUGCAGUCAAGGAGGACAUGCUGCUGAUUAUAUUCACCACCCUAAUGGGUAUGGAUGCAGAGUUCAUGAAAGUUGCCUCUGUUGCUCAAGUGAUCUUUGCCCUGCAUUGGUAAAAAGGAAUAUGCCUAUGAGUCAUGUAAGCUGCCACUGCCUCCACCACCAUCAUCACCAUCACCAGUGGUCACGGUGUGGAGAUUUUUUAUGCCCUGUGCAACAUAGCACAUUGGAUGAUGGUACAUCUGUACAUGCAGAUCCUUGGCAUUUGAGGAAACCUGUGUUACAGGAAGUACCGCUCAAGGAAUGGACCCAACAGCUGAAAAUCCCAAACAGGAAAUGCAGCCAGUCUGGGAGUGAUUUGUGCCACAGUAAUUCUGGAUUCCAUCGGGCUGGCCCCUUCAGACCAUGUUGUGACAACAGUGAGCAGGACUUUCCCCAGUGCUACAGGACUGUGUCUUCCUAUGACCUCUCCUGUGAACAUUCCAUCCGGCCAGAGCUGUCCUCUCUCCACGAUGCACCUGGUGAGCAAAAUCUAAGCAGAGGAAGAGCCUACUCUGUGAGCCAGCUGAAUUUAGAUUGUUUUGCUCUCAGGGACAAAAAAGAGACUUCUUUGUCUAAGCUUGAAGAGCAGGUGCCAUCUACUCUAGUGAAAAAACAAAAGCCGCCUCGCCCACCUCCACCAAACUGGGACAAAUACAAAGAGAGACGGGCAUCACAUCAGCUUACAAACUCUAGCCGUAUUUGCCAUCAAGAAAAUUCUGUUGGAUCCGGUCAUAACAUAAGCAUGGAAUCUGUACGGCAGCGGUCUCAGAGUCUGCCGAUGGAGAGGAUACUUUUAAAUGCAAAGGAGAUCUACCACCCUUCCUUUGAAUACGAACCUCCACAAAAUAGAGAUUGUAGCCCAGUACCCUCUGAUUUAAGACCUGCUCAGCAAGAACCUGAUGUGCCUUCUGAAACCAUUUCUACAAUCCUUGAGCAUGAAAGACAGGAGACAUUUUCAGAUUGUCAGAAGUCACUCAGAGACAAAUCUCCACCCAGGACUGGUCAUUCUGUACCUUCUGACCCAAUUAAUUCAUCCCAUCAUGAGACAACUGACUUCUAUAGUCCAUUAGAAGCUGGUAGUAUUGAGGAGCCAGUCAAAUCUGCUGCAGAAGAACCCAAAGAUGGGGGCACCCCUCCUGAUUCCUCUCAUGACAACAGAUCCCCAGAUAUUGCUGAAACAGAGCACCCUGCUAACUUACUAGAUGCAUAUGAAUCUGGCUAUCGGAAUUAUGAGGAUGAAUGGUCAACAGACAGAGAAUCCGAAAUCUCCAUUCCAGACAGGUAUGAGUUCCAACCCAUCUCACCACCUCCAGUGUGUGGAGCAGGUAGUCCCACCUCUUGCUCUGCCUACUACAACACGUCAGCAGCUAAGGCUGAGUUGCUUAAUAAGAUGAAGGAGCUGCCUGGCUUGCAAGAGGAAGUUGGGGACCAGGUAGAAGUGGAAGAGGAGGAUGAAUUGUCAAUGAAGAAAGUGCAGCUUAUUGAAAGUAUCAGUAGGAAAGUUUCUGUCCUACAUGAAGCUCAGCAAGGACUUCAGGAAGAUAUACAUGCAAACACUACCCUUGGUUGUGAAGUGGCAGAUCUCCUCAAGAGUCUCUGCAAACCUAAUGAGUAUGAAAAAUUCCGGACCUUCAUUGGUGACCUAGAGAAGGUUGUGAACUUGCUGCUUUCACUCUCUGGGCGCCUGGCCAGGGUGGAGAGUGCCCUGAGCAGUGAGGAUCCUGAGCCAUCAAUGGAUGAGAAGCUGAACCUGCUAGAGAAGAAGAAGCAGCUUACUGAGCAACUGGAGGAUGCCAAGGAGCUGAAGGCACAUGUCACUCGGAGGGAACAGAUGGUUCUCGAGACAGUGUCCCGUUACCUUAAUGAGGAGCAGCUUCACGACUAUCAUCACUAUGUCCGAAUGACCUCGGCUCUGAUUGUAGAACAGCGGGAGCUUGAGGACAAAAUUCGUUUGGGAGAAGAACAGCUGAGGUGUCUUCAGGAAAGUCUGUAGUUUGGCACCCCAAAAAAAGGAUCUCAAAAGGGGUUUUGCCAUUCUAGUAAAACAGCAAACUCUAGCCAAGGCUUUUGACCCUCAAUGGCUCUUCCUUAAUCAGUACUUUCAGUAUCAACAUUUACUGAGGGGGCCAGUUUCCUUGCAAUAAGUGUGUAUGUAACUCUUGUGUCAGUUUGGGCCUGUCCGUGUCCUACCUUAAAUGCACUCAGCUGAGUAUUAGAGCUGAAAAAUACAGAGAAGCCAUUUUUCUUGAUAUUUCUGCCUGCGAAACAACAACUACUGUGGAUCACGCAGAACCAGAAUAAUCGUUUUGACCAAAUACUAUUCCAUCCUGCUGCUUUUCAAGAUCCAUAUGUGGUUUAUUUGCUCUAUACUGAGAUAGUGGUGUUCUGAAUGUGAAUUUUCCAGAACUUCUAGCUGGAACAUCAUCUAUGAACAAGAGAAGCAUUGGUAGCAAAAGUCGCUAGUGCAGCUUACAUGCACAUCUACUACAUAGGUAGUGUAUCUGAGAGAUGUACUUGAUAUUGCCUUUUAUGCCUUUAAGCUUUCACGAAGAUCAGCAACUCUGCAUAAAGAGUGGGCUCGGAGGAAAUAAUCUGCACAAUAACCAAGGGCAGCACUGAGUUAGUUAAGUGUAUCUGAGUGUUAAAGCUUUUACUGAAGUCUGUUCAGUACAUUGUAAAUCAAGUAGCUUUAUCCUACAAGGUCGAAAUAACGCACUAUGAACAUUUUACCUCUUUUGGAUUCUAUGCAAGUGCCUUAUUAUAAACUGGCAUAUGGGCUUGAUGCAAAUGUAGAUCUCCUGGAUCUUUCAUCCACAGCAUACAACUGGAAUGAAGACGUUUGAGUGAAUACUUGUUGCCCUAUUGAGGGUAAUUUUCAGGCAACCAAAGACAAACACUUUGAUACAAGUUAUGUAUUGCUCAAUGUUGGUUUUUGUAAACCACAAACCUCACCAGGGAGUCUGUUUCAAACCUUAAUGAAAUUUAUAUGCAGAAAUGUUGUAACCCCCUGUUGUGUCAGCUUGUUUAGUUGUCUACUGUCAUAGGCCUAACCAUUAUGCCUUUGAACCACCAACUUCAAAACAUAUCUUUAUGUAGAUCUCCUCCAGUAAACAUUUUUUUUUCAUUAGAGGCAAAAUAUCAAGCAAUUAGUUAAGCAAUUCUGGAUUUGGAAAACAAUAAAUAUUCUUUUAGCAUCA